UCAGAAGGUCCCUUCCGUGAAGGCGAGUGCCGGGCAAACAGAGAGGCAAACAAUCCCCGAGUCUCUUUGAGGCUCAGAUCUCACUACAUCGGUCUCCACCACCCUCCCUCUCAUUUCACCCGCAUCCGGCACAAGAACUGGGAGGUUAAGAGCCGAGCGCCGAGCUCCCAGAGCGGAACCUCAGCGCGGCUGCGCAGAGCACGUGCGCAUCCUCGGUGGACUCCCGGCGAUUGGCUGUGACGCAACUUCCGGUGUGAGCGGCGAAAGCCGGGAGGGUGAGCGAGAGAGGGAGCAGGCAGCAGGGACAGGCAGCAGGCGGGCUGGCUGACCGACGGCACGAAGGGAGGGAGCAAGUGAUCAGUGAGUGACCCAACGAGGGAGGCCGCGUCCUGAAAGCAGCCGAGAUUCCCCCUUCCCUCUGACCCCCUCCCCGGAGCCCACAGCGCCUCCGGUCUCCAGCGGAGCGGACACGGCCCGGCCCGGCCAUGGCCUCGUUGCUGAAGGUGGAUCAGGAAGUGAAGCUCAAGGUUGAUUCUUUCAGGGAGCGGAUCACAAGUGAGGCAGAAGACUUGGUGGCAAAUUUUUUCCCAAAGAAGUUGUUAGAACUUGAUAGUUUUUUGAAGGAACCAAUCCUAAACAUCCAUGACCUAACUCAGAUCCACUCAGACAUGAAUCUCCCAGUCCCUGACCCCAUUCUUCUCACCAACAGCCAUGAUGGACUGGAUGGUCCCACUUACAAGAAGAGAAGAUUGGAUGAAUGUGAAGAGGCCUUCCAGGGAACCAAGGUGUUUGUGAUGCCCAAUGGGAUGCUAAAAAGCAACCAGCAGCUGGUGGACAUUAUUGAGAAAGUGAAGCCUGAGAUCCGGCUGCUGAUUGAGAAAUGCAACACGGUCAAAAUGUGGGUACAACUCCUGAUUCCUAGGAUAGAAGAUGGGAACAACUUUGGCGUGUCCAUUCAGGAGGAGACAGUUGCAGAACUGAGAACUGUUGAGAGUGAAGCUGCAUCUUAUCUGGACCAGAUUUCUAGAUAUUAUAUUACAAGAGCCAAAUUGGUUUCUAAAAUAGCUAAAUAUCCCCAUGUGGAGGACUAUCGUCGCACCGUGACAGAGAUCGAUGAGAAAGAAUAUAUCAGCCUUCGGCUCAUCAUCUCAGAGCUAAGGAAUCAAUAUGUCACUCUACAUGACAUGAUCCUGAAAAAUAUUGAGAAGAUCAAACGACCCCGGAGCAGCAAUGCAGAGACACUGUACUGAGGCCGGGGCCAGGGUCAGGGGACUCUGUGAGUCUGGCUCAAGACCGACAUUGCCUUGGUUUGUUACAUGACUAUCGUGAUGGGGAAACUGGCUGGAAAUAGUAAUCACACCUCUCUCUGUUUUUAGUUAGAGUCUAAUGAAACUCUCAUGUAGUUCUGUGACGUGUUUACCUCUUUUUUCAGGCCUCAGGAACUCUUCUAUUUCCUCCCCUAACACCCCCACGCCCCCCUGUCCUAAUUUCUGGAGAACUCCAGGUUUGUGUGCGCAGGAUCCUGGCACAGGAAUACUUGUGUUUUCUCUCCUUGGCUCCCUCCUGUGUCUUGGGCUUUGUGUUUUCUUCCUUUUGAUGAUGAGCUGGUUAGAAGCUGAGGGAACUGGAAGGAAAGUGCUCGGUGUCUUGUAGGAACUGGGGUGGGGUGGAGGGGACCAACUCCUCUUCCGGAAGGAAGGUUAGUGUCCCUUGCCACUGUGGGAUGUUGGAUCCUCCCUGCCACAGUUGCCCUGGUGAUGACUGAGGGUUUCCCGUCUACAUACAUUGUACCUUGAACCUGAUCAUGACAAGAAACACCUUAGACCUUCUUCUGCCAAGCCCCUAGCUCCUUCAGGUGUUUUUAUAACUAGGAUUUUCACAUACAUAUAUGUGUGUGAUAUAUAUACACACAUGCAGCACACACAUGCCUUGCUGCUGUUACGUGAUGCCCUCUCCUCCCCCCCUUCCCUGCCCACCUGUAAACCCUGUCUCUCUCUCCUUUUCUCUCUCUCUCUCUCUCUCUCUGACACACACACACACACACACACACUCUGUUUAGAAGGUGAUAGGUGUCUUAGUCCUCUUCUCCCAGGACCCAUUGUCUCCUGAUAUUGUAGCCUCUUGGUGCCUGAGGCUGUGAGUUGGAGGGGAGCUGAGAGAUGAGAAGCGGAGGGAGUGGGGAAGGCCCCUUCCUCUGUGACUCGAGUCCUUUUGGGUGUUUUUGCAAAGGCUUGUCCUCUGACCCCUGGUUGCCUCUUCUCAGGCCAGUUGUAAAUUGGGAUAAGGGUGUCUGCAGCUGUGAGGCUAGAUGCUGCUGCUGCUACUGGGCUUUCCCUUUGGGAAAAAUGUUUUCUUAUUUGUAGUAUUGUGCUUCCUGGGAAAGCAGUCACUUGUGUGUAUAUGUGUGUGCACACACAGGCAUGUACACAGUGUGUGUAUGUGGAAAUCUGCCGAGCAAGUCAAAACCAUAGAAGAGUUGCCUCUUAUCUCUCAAAUCUUCCAGAGAUACCACUUGUUACAGCUUUUGUGUUAACCCUCAUCAACCUCUACUUCUUUUAUUCUGCCACUCCUGGGGAGUCUGUUGGUGGCUCUCUUUCUUUCAGUGUUUCUGACUUAUCCUUGCCCCUUCCCUGCUCCAUCUCUGUCUUCCAACCUCCAUAUUUUCAUCUGAGCGCAUCAUUUUGGUCCCCCGUUAUGCUAUAGAGGAGGAGUUCGGAUGCUGUCUUCCCAUGAAUAGUACUCAGUAACAAACCAAUUGCAUUUUAGUUGGGCACUGCCCCUACCACCCUCCAGACCCCUUCCAACUAAAACCCUUCCCUCCUCCCAUCCUGUGUUUCUCGGUUUCCCUUUUUGUUUGUUGGAUUGUUCCAGUACCCCUCCUCCUCCCCCUACUGCCCUUGGAUCGUAAUGUAAAAUUCUUUUACCAUGUCAAGAAAUUAUUAAAAAUACAGGUACUUUGACCUCUUUCUAAAGCUGCAGAUGCUGAUGCGAUGCCCUGGUGGCCUGGGACAUACUCACACUUAGGUGUGUGCACAUUGGGACACCCACCUCCAUAUAUACCUCCAGCCACCCUAUUGGGUGUCUUUACUUCAAUUGAGCUGCCUCUUUUCUCUGAAAUAAUGAAAAGACUGAGGCUUCUGCCUACCAAGAGGCAAGAGUGGGUCCUUCAUUUGUGUGCAGUCUGAAUUAAACGCAAGUUGAAAGAAAGUGAAAGUCAGUCAUGUCCUGCGAGGCUCCUCUAUCCAUGAAAUUCUCCAGGCAAGAAUACUGGGUGGGUAGCUAUUCCCUUCUUCAGGGGAUCUUCCUGACCCAGGGAUCGAACCCCAGUCCCCUGCAUUGCAGGCAGAUUGCAGGCAGGUGUCUGAGCCACCAGAUAACUCUUCUCCAACCUAACUUGCCUUUUACCUUGACAAUAUCCCAGCUCCUUUCUUCCUUCUCCAGUAAUACCCUGAACUGUCAGUAGAGGGUGCUGUAGUUCCAUGUGUGGGGAAUCACCUGGCUUGAGGCACACCCCACCCCAUCGUUUUCUUUAUACAAUACUUCUCUCUGAAUAAUGUCUUAAGUUUCUUGAGGAUAUGCCAGGGACUCCUGGUUCUGACUUUCAAAUGACUUGGAGGGCUGUCUGGGAUCUUAGCUCCCUCUGAAAUAAAAGUUUCCUUAACUUCCA